AUGAUCGCGGUCCUGCGCCGGCUGAUCGCAAUCAUCGCGAAUCUGCCCGAGCAGAUCGCAAUCAACGCGAUUCUGCUCGGGCAGAUCGUGAUCGCGAUUCUGCACGUGCAGAACGCGAGCGAGAUUCUGCACGUGCAGAACGCGAGCGAGAUUCUGCACGUGCAGAUCGCGAGAAUCUGCGCACGGAGCGUCAGAAUCGAGACCAGGCGCGUGACGAUCGUCGCCCUGAUUCUGCAAAUCGUCGCGUGA